AUGUCUUCCGACAACUCUUUUGCCGGUUUUAUCUCUAGAAACAAGACAGCUAUUAUUGCUACCGCGGCAGCUGGUGCAUCUGCUGUCGGUGCUUACUACUACUAUCAACAAUUGCAACAACAAGUUGAGUCGCAAGGAAAAGUAGGAGGAGUCAAUUCUCCUAGUGGAGAGACGAGAUAUGGAAAGAAGAAGAAGAAGAGGGCUAACAAGAAGAAAUAUCCAGUUGAUUCGAACGGGGAGCCUGAUCUAUCGGGAGUUGAUUCGUUUACAGAGGAGCAGAAGGAGAGGUAUUCGAUGGCAAUGAAGGAUAAGGGUAAUGAGUGUUUUAAGGAGAAGAAGUAUGAAGAGGCGAUCAAGUAUUAUAGUUGUGCUUUGAGGCUGAAGAAGGAUCCUGUAUUUUAUUCGAACAGGUCAGCUUGUUGGGUGCCAUUGAACAAAUUGGAGAAGGUGGUUGAGGAUACUACAGCUGCUUUGGAGUUGAAGCCUGAUUAUUCCAAGUGUUUAUUGAGACGGGCUACUGCCAAUGAGUCGUUGGGUAAUUUUGCUGAUGCGAUGUUGGAUUUGUCUGCGGUGUCGUUGUAUGGUGGUUACAAUUCGCAGUCUAUUGAACCUGUGCUGGAGCGUAACAUGAACAAACAGGCCAUGCAGGUGUUGAAGAGGAAGCUUGCGGAUGGGUCCAAGCACCAAUUACCAUCGAACACCUCUUUGGCAUCGUUCUUUGGUAUUUUCCCCUCUGAGACUAGUUUUGCUAACUACGACGAGCAGUCGGAGGCCGAUAAUUUCUUGUUGAAGGGUUUACGUUGUUUAAGUGAAAGGAAAACAGGGUCCUAUGAGAUGAGUGAUGAAUAUUUCAACAAGGCUGCUGACUUGUUAUCUCUUUCUCAUCAAGCUGACUCAGAAGAUCCUGCUCUCAGAAUGAAGUUGGCCAUUGCAUUGGAGCAUGUGGGGAUCUUUAAAUUUUUGAAAAAUGAGCCCUUGGAGGCCUACAAACUCUUACAAAAGGCUGUUGAUUUGCACCCAAGACCCAAUUCUUAUAUCUACAUGGCUCUAAUCAUGGCCGACAAGGGUCAAACCGAUGAAUACCUCCAAUACUUUGACAAGGCUUUGGAAUUAGCUCCUAAUUCUUCAGCUGUAUAUUAUCAUCGUGGUCAAAUGUACUUUGUUACUCAGCAGUUUGAAAAAUCAGGAAAGGACUUUGACAAGGCAAAAGAAUGUAAUCCGGACAAUAUAUUCCCAUACAUCCAGUUAGCUUGCUUGGCGUACCGUGAAAACAAAUUCGAAGACUGUGAAACCUUGUUUAGCGAAGCUAGAAGGAAAUUCCCAACUGCUCCAGAAGUUCCAAACUUUUACGCAGAAAUUUUGUCCGAUAAGGGUGAUCUAGAAAGUGCUUUAAAGGAAUAUGAGUUUGCUAGAAAGUUGGAAGAUGCCCAGGAAGGAAUCCAUGUAGGCGUUGCUCCAUUAGUUGGAAAGGCCACCGUUUUAGCAAGACAGUCCCACUCCGGGGAUUUUGCUGAAGCUACUGCGUUAUUCGAAGAAGCUUGCAAGAAGGAUCCUAGAUCCGAACAAGCGAAGAUUGGUUUAGCACAAUUGAAGUUACAACAAGAACAAGUUGACGAAGCUAUUCAAUUGUUUGAAGAAGCAACAGAUUUGGCCCGGGCUUUCGAAGAGAAAUUGCAAGCAACCACUUUUGCUGAGGCCGCCAAGAUUCAAAAAAGAAUCAGAGCAGACCCAAUAAUGAGUGCGAAAAUUCAAGAGACGUUGGAGGCUUAUCGAGUUCAAGGUGUAGUUUCUUAA